GCACGUGUUGAUGAUGAACCCGUUUUCUAUUCGGACCCUCCUUCCUAAACAUAAAUACCAACCCGUUUCUCAUCGGCUCCAUAGUCGCGUAUCCAUCAAAAACUCUCUCAAUCAAACCAAGAUUCAUUCAAAUCAAUCGUAUUAAUCUUCAAUUCAUAUACACAGUCUUUCUAUUCGCUCAAUUCUCAAUCGAUCGAUCCCUCUUUUGUUUCUCGCCGUCAAUUUUAAGGGUUUGCGAGAGUGCUGUGGGGGUCUUUGAUUCGUUAAUUAGUUGAGGGUUUCGACCAAUAUGGGACUGAAACGGGCUUUUGAUGAGGAGGGUUUACAAGAAUUAUCCUUAAAACACCCAAAACAACUCGACUUUAAAGAGCAGGCAACUUCACCUCCAGAAAUUAAUACUUCUCUUGGAGCUUCUCAGAAAAUGACUUCACUUCCUGAAAUCAAUGUUUCUUAUGGAGCAUUACAGAAAACUAAUUUUUCAGGUGAUGCUGUUGGUGAACUUGGUGAUACUAUGUCUAAAGAUGGCAGUGGUAAUACUGCCUCAAAAUCUAAUGGCACACCUGUUUUAUAUGGGACCAGUGGUAAUAGGGAGGAGGAUAUAGGAUCCCGGACGCUGUCGUAUUCGCGUGUUUACCCGGAAUCAUUUGAAUUCACCUACCCAGGGAGAAGUCUCAGACAGUUUGAGGAUACAUACUCAUCUUUAUUAAAUUCUUCUCCCAUAAAAGAAGUUCCUAUAGGACCAGAUCAUCAAGCUGAUGUCCCAGUAUGGGACUUGACAGUUGAUUCCAUUGGUUUUACUGAUGCUAAUGUAAAUUACGCCGGAGGAUUUAAUAUCGGAUUGUGUGUAAUUCCUGUGCCCGACCUGGAGUUAUCAGAUGAUGUUGGCAAGGGUACAGAUAGCAGACUCGACUGCAACUGUUUGGAUGGUGGCUCUGUUAGAUGUGUGCAGCAGCAUGUCAAGGAGGCACGCGAGGAUUUAAAAAAAAAGAUUGGUCUCGAGAAAUUUGUUGGUUUGGGCUUUAAUGAGAUGGGAGAGGAGGUAGCAUCCAAGUGGACUGAAGAAGAAGAACAAUUGUUUCAUGAGGUUGUUUACUGUAAUCCCGUGUCGCAUGGGAGAAAUUUCUGGGUGCAUUUAUCAACAAUGUUUUCUUCUCGGAGUAAGGAGGAACUUGUUAGUUAUUAUUUCAACGUCUUUAUGCUUCGAAGGCGUGCUGCUCAAAACAGAUCGAGCUGGUUGGAGACUGAUAGUGACGAUGAUGAGUGGAACGGAAUCGGAGGACCUUUUGGGAUGACAGAAGAAGAUGAAAGAACAGCUGCUAUAUCUUUCAUCAAUCGAGAUGUGUGGGUUGACCACGGAGAUGAUUCCCAGCAUGAAUAUGACGAUGACGACAAUGACAGCAGCAGUGAUGACAGUGAUGGUAAUGAUAAUGGUGAUGAACAUGUCAUUGACGACAAUGAUAAUGGUGAAUUGCAAGUCGUUAAGGCGGAUGCUACUAAGAAUAUUAAGAGAGAAUCUCACUCGCGAAAGGAUGAAUAUUCUGAUGAUCACAGGUUUAACCAAAUGCCUCAUCAUUUGGCUAAAUCUCUUGGAAGCUUGAAGGAACUACUAGGUGUCGAAGAGAACUCAUGUACAUCCUUUGAGAUACAGCCCUGUGUGAAUAGCUCUCCUUAUCCUAUCUAUGAGAGGGGAGCUUUACAGGAGACCAAGGUCAAUGGUGUUUGUGAAAAAAUAUUAGAUGUAAGUGGUGAUGGGUGUACUGAUAAGUCUCGCUAUCAUUAUUCAUUGGACUCCUGUGACUCCAAGGUUUGGGAUGUAACAUAUCCAGUUAGUUACAUGGCUUCUGUUGAUCUGCUACCAACUUGCAAUAUGAUGGAAGAAAUUUUCGGACCAUGCAAUUGGAACAAGUCCAACAAUGGUUAGUGGCUUCCAUAAAUUCUUGCACAUGUAGAUGUGGAUACUCCUUGCCCUGCAUUUUCAUUACAGUGAUGGCUUAUAUCUGCUGUUGUGAGCUGUGAAUGUCUGUGAUGGUUUUCUUCAAGAAGAUAUGAAGUCUAUUUUCCCUGAAUUAUAUAUGAUCCUCUUCUGAAUUUGGUGGAUCUAUUAGGUGCAACACAACACUUCCGAUUAGAGUACAAAAGUAGUUAAGUUUCUCAUGUAAGAUCAGCAACUAUUGUCCUGCAACGUUUGUUUUCAUAUCCUUAUUCAAAAGAUGUAUUCUCCUUGUAAACAGAAUCAAUUUUGCAAGUAAAGGAAUUGUGGGGAAGAUGAGUCGAUUUUCCAUUUUGAA